AUGGCGCCCCGUUCCAAGACAGCUCCUGUCGGCUCGUCGCAAUGGAUCCAGACUGAGCGCGACCAGGCUGCCGAGUUUGUCGAUAUGGAGAUUGAGGAAUUUGGCUAUGCUGCUCAGAACGAGAUGGAAUGGUUGAACGAGCACAUGGCCGAGAUUUUCAGCAGCAAUCCUGUCAAUUUUGCCGACAUCUUCAAGACCCCUGGAAAGCUGCGAGGCAAAACUCCUCGCACAGCGCGCAAGAACGCUGCUGCCCGUGCCCCUUUGACGGAUCUUUUUGCGCCCAACCCUCAAUCGACCUUUAGCCCGGCUCCCAAGAACGACUUCUACUCGAAAGUUGCUCAGUUCCAGAUCGCUCAGGAUGGCGAACAGGAGCGCCCUCGCUCAGGAACAUCCAGAAGAAGCCCUCUACGCGUUGGCAAGGAGAACACGGAUUCUGGGUACCACGGUUUGACUGAGGAUGAGAUGGACGUUGAUUCGCAGCAGUCCAUGCUCAAAAACAGCCACGCUCAAGCUCCCGACCUCGAGCCUCUGCAAGAGCACGUCACAAAUGAUCCCGUAGUUAACGACACGGCAUCUUUUGUUUCGGCCAACGAAGACGCCGAGAACGCCCACGAGGACUCCGUAGAGGACGACGACCAAGCCACCGUGCCCGACCCCGAGUCCAGCAGCCGCCCCGUUACGCAAGACUCGCACGCGCCAUUUAUCGACGAAAACUGGCCUGCCGAGGUUGAGCAGGAUGAGAACGAGAUGACAGAUGAGGAAGAGCCGGAAGAGGACGAGGAAGACGACAACGCCAAAUCGCCCUCCGACACCUCAACACCCGACAAGCCGUUGACGCGUAAGAGCAGUCUGACGUUCGCCGCUCUGCCUGCCCGUGAGCCUUUGACUGCUAAGCGAAGCAUUGGUCCCAGAGGCAGUCACAUGGAUGCGUUUGGUGGCGCUCGCACAAGUGCCUUUGGUAAGAGCUUUGGCAUCACGCAGCAGACCAAUUCCCAGCAAGCAGAAGAUGCAGACGGACAUAACAAGACGUCGACUCAAAGACUGCACGAGCGCAUAACCUUACUCGGUCAGCAAAAGGAGCCUCGCACGUCGAAAUCCAUUCACAUGCCUACUUAUCCUUCGCUACCAGCUCAUGAGCACCGAUCUACUUCCGGACCAUCUCAAGAGAACAUUCCAGGUGACACGCAACCACUUGUUGACGACGAUGAUGAUUGGAUUGCUCCUAUACUCCCCAGCUCUCGUGCCGCUAGUGGCGUCGAUACGCAGAAGCUGAACGACCAAGUGUCUGAUCCUGUCUCGGUCGAAGAGGCACAGCCAGCCUUCAGCGGCAUCCCUCUACCUGCAUUGCGCGAAUCGCCGUCCAAGUUCUUCAUGGGACAUCACAAGUCCAACUCGACAGCCACACUCGCAUCUCCUGCAAAGGUUGCGACUGCUCCUCAACGCGUCCAUCACCAGAAGAACACAUCAGUUUCGAACCCCAACUUCCCGCCUGGUAGCGGUGCCACCACUCCUAUCAAUAACUCUAUCGCUUCCCCGACGAAGCAAAAGUUCGCAGAAGCACCCAUCAGCGCGUCCAAGGCGAAACUGUACUCCGUCUUCAAAUCGGCCAAGGGCAUGUUCGGUAGUAGCGCUGCAGCCAGUGCCCAGGCAAAGAUGAACUCACUCUCUUCUCCCCAUCGACCGCUCUCUGCUGCAACCUUUGAGCGUCCUGAUCCAGACAUGUCCAAGAUGCCUGGAGGACUCUACCCUGAUCUUGGCCAGAACAGACCAGCUACCGCCCUCCCUACAGCCGGCGGAAACAGGCGAACUCGCAGCUCAACGGAGCACGCCCGUAGGAAGGACAAGGACGAACAAAACACUGUGGACGACCUAGAGAAAGUCAGGCAACAAGAGAGGCAAAAGGCUCAUGAGAAGGCCGAGAAAGAAAAGGCUAACGAGACAGCGCGCCUUGAGAAGGAGAGACUCGCAGCAGCCAGCCGCCCUGGUGCUGCAUCACAGCAAUCGUGGAGGUCGACUGCAGACGAGGGAAGCGACGUUGAUGAGACGGGUCCUCCAGUGCCCUCCAAGACUGGUGCUCCAGCUGGCAAAUUGAGAGCACCUGGUAGACUGGCCAAGCCAUCGAGAUUGGGUAGCAUUCAACCAAAGCCUGCUCCGGUCAGUAUCAAGGUGGCUUCGGGUUCGCAAAGACUUGGCUCUACUCAGCCUGGAAAUUCUUCUCAAGAUGUCAACUCUGGGCCAGCCACUCGCCAACAGCCGUCUCGCGCUGGCAGUGCACAGCCCCCUGCAUUGUCAAAAUCUGUUGGUGCAGGAGCAGGCUCUGUUCGCAGUGUCAAGGCUCUCGAAGCUGCUGCCAGAAAGAAGGAGCAGGAUGAAAAGGUGGCGCAAAAGAAGGCAGAACAAAAGCGCGAGAUUGAGCGCAAACGAGCUGCCAAAGCUGAAGAAGAUCGCAAGGCUGAACAGGAACGUAAGGCGGCCGAGCAGCAACGACUUCAAGAGGGUAGAGUCGCGGCACAAAGGCAGGCAGAGCAGAGGAAAGUCGAGCAGCAAAGACAGUUGGCUUUGCAGCAGAAGAAGAGUGCUGAAUUGGCUGCGACUAUGGAGCAAGAGAAAAUGGACAGACAGCAGACACAGGCGUCUACACUACCUCGGGGCGACAUUGGCGGCACAUUGAGACAGCUGUCCAAGCAGGACCGCCCUGCGCCUCAGGCCAACACUGCAAAGCCCGCUAAGCGUCCCCUUCAGGAGGCUGAAGAAUCGUCACAACGUCCUACUAUCAGCAGAGCGCCAACCUCGUACCAGCAGCAAGGUGACAAGCGACGCAAGACGCUGGAGGGCGAUGACGAUGAGACCGACAGACCUUCAGACAACGCAUUGACAGCUCCUCCAAAGAGACCCUCGAAUAUGCGCAAGGAGUCGACACUGAACAAGUUCCCUCACAGCUACACUCAUGCACCUCCACCGGCGGCUCACCACUCUCAGAACAUGUUGAAGGCGACGGUCACAGCACAGCAUUACGCACAGCACGCCAAAGCGGGUAUGCAUCCUAAUGAUAUGAUGAAGUUGUCGACAGCCAGGAUUCCUUUCGCAGAAAACUCGAACCCUCCCGGAGCAUCGUCGAGCAAGGGAGCACCUCCCUCUGCCUUCAAGACUCCUGGGCGACCGGCAGCUCAGGUUGUCUCUAAGAAAUCAGUGCCCAAGUCUGCUAAAUCUUCACCCUUGUACCCCAAUGGAGACAGCAUCAACCUGCCUGAAAUUGCUACAGACAGUGAGGACGAGGAUUCUGACGACGAUCAGACUGGUGGAUUCCGAGCACCAUCUUGGGUUGCUUCCCCAGCACUCCGCGAUCUGCUCACACAGCAACAGCUUGUGGACCCCGAGAGUAUCUUUGGACCCAUCGCACCGCUGCAGAUGGAAGAGGUGUUCCGCAACAGCAAGAACCCCGAGCGAUUGAAGAAGUUCCGCGAGCGUGGAUCAUCUGCUCGCUGGGUGGACACAGGAGACGCAGUCACGAAAGAGGAAAAGGUCAAGGACCGCGAGAUGCGCGCACGAGUUGUCAAGGAAGGUGGGUGGAGAUUUGGACAGGACGCGUAG